CGAGCGGAGCAGCGGAAUGGAGGAGGAGCUGGUUUGGGAGACCCACGGCUUGCUUCCCCUGGAGAGACAGCUCCAUGAGGCCUCACGCUGGAAUCAGGUGGGGAGGAUGAAGGAACUGUUUGAGAAGAGGGUUAACAUCAGGGCGAGGAACCACGUGGGGAGAGUGGCCCUGCACUGGGCUGCAGGUGCUGGGCAUGAGCAGGCUGUGCGGCUGCUCCUGGAGCAUGGGGCCGCUGUGGACGACGCGGACUCGUUUGGGAUGAAUGCGCUUCUCCUGUCUGCCUGGUUCGGCCACUUGCCAAUCGUGCAGAUUCUCGUCAACGCUGGGGCCAAGGUCUACUGUGAGAGCAAGGAUGGUCUGACCUUACUGCACUGUGCGGCUCAGAAAGGACACAUGCCUGUGCUGGCCUUUGUCGUGGAAGACCUGGAGGAUGUAGCCUUGGACAAUGCAGACAAGCUGGGAAGAACAGCAUUUCACAGAGCUGCGGAGCAUGGACAGCUGGAUGCUCUGGACUUCCUCGUGGGCUCUGGCUGUGACCACAGUGUCAAAGACAAGGAGGGGAACACGGCCCUGCACCUGGCUGCCAGCCGGGGCCACACAGCUGUGCUACAGAGACUUGUGGACAUUGGACUAGACCUGGAGGAGCAGAACACAGAGGGUCUGACCGCUUUGCAUGCAGCCGCUGAAGGGAUCCACACGGACUGUGUGAGGCUACUCCUCAGUGCCGGGAGCAACGUCAAUGCCCUCACCCAGAAAAAGCUGAGCUGCCUUCACUACGCAGCUCUUGGUGGCUCUGAGGAUGUGUCCUGGGCACUCAUCAAAGCAGGCGGGUGCACAAACAUGGCAGACAGGCAGGGCACUGUUCCUAUACACCUUGCUGUGAGGCACAACUUCCCUGGCCUGGUCCAGCUCCUCAUAGAUGCCCACAGUGAUCUGGAUGUCAUGGACAUUAGGCAGCAGACUCCCCUCCACCUCGCUGCCGAGCAUGCCUGGCAGGAUGUGGCUGAGAUGCUUCUCGUGGCUGGAGUUGACUUAAGCCUGCGAGAUAAGCAAGGAAAAACAGCCCUGGCAGUGGCCGCCCGCAGCAACCACGUCGGCCUGGUGGACAUGAUCAUAAAAGCUGAUCGCUUCUACAGAUGGGAGAAGGACCACCUUUCAUGCAGGGACACCAGCGACCCCGCUAGAAAGAACCUGACCUUUAAACAAGACCACCGGCAGGAAACACAGCAGCUCCGUUCUGUGCUUUGGCGACUGGCCUCUCGGGGUCUCAGGCCCAACGAGUGGAAGAAACUGGCAUAUUCCUGGGGGUUCACGGAGGCUCACGUCUGUGCCAUUGAGCAGCAGUGGACAGGAUGCAGUAGAGGGCAGCAUAUACAUGCUCUGGGAAGGUGCCAUGGUGGCCUCUACUCUCAUCAUCUGCAGGAACCAGGAGCUACCAGGAGCAUGGUCACCGGAUGCUCCUCAUCUGGCUACAUGGUGUGGCCACAGCUGGGAAGAACCCCAGCAAAGAACUGUUUGAGGGCCUUGUGGCCAUCGGCAGGAGAGGCCUGGCUGAAAGCACCAGGAAGAUGGCAAACGGAGAGCCCAGGGCCCCCAGGAGGUGCACAGCCAUGUGAGCUGUGGGAAUGGUGCAGGACCACGGUAUGGAAGAGGAUCUCCAUAAGAGCUUGCGGAACAGUGCCUGCACACAGACCUCCAGCUACUGGACUGUAGACACCCUGCCCCCGUGAGGAAACUCCCAGACUUUUUGGAGGAUGGGGGAUGUGUCUGUUCUAGGUUCUCUGGGUCAUCCUAUCUCAGGAGUGUGGCCCUUGAAGCUCUCAGCCCACUUUGUUGUGUUUGUGAGGUACAUAUGUGUGUACAUGCAUUACAUGUGUGGAGGCCAGAGGACACUUGCUGGGUAUUCCUCCCCAGACCCUGUCCAUCUUAUGUUUUUUUGUUUUGAGACAGAGACUCUCGAUAUUCCUGGGGAGUCUUGGAUCAACCUUUAUUUGAACAGCCUGUGUGUUUUGAGACAGGGCCCCUCAUUGCCCUACUUAGACUGGCUGGCCAGUGAGCCCAGUGAUCCUCCUGGACGGACCAAGCAUGUGCCCCUGGGCCCUGGUUUUUAUGUGGGUUCUGAGGGUUGAACUCAGGUCCUUCUGUUGCAUGGCAAGUGUACAGACUGAGCCUUAUCCCCAGGCCUCUCACUGUCUCUUCGUUAUCCUAGAACAUCACGAAGCGCCCUCUGGAGGUGCAAGGGUGUCAUUACAGCUAGGGCACCGAGGUCGGAGGAGGAGAAGCAGCUUGUCCAGGUCAUAACACAAAUCAAAUGGCAUCCAUCCAGCUUUCCUCCAACCCAGCCUGCAGGGGGGCUGCAUUCAUCACCUUCAAACCAGAUCGUUCUUAAGUCGUUCAGGACAACACAUUAAUCUCUAGUGCCAAACAGACAGAAGCGGCCAUGCUGAUACCACAGCUGUACUUAAAAGUCCGAUUGUAUGUGUUGACAGUCCGGGAGGCAUGUCUCUCCUUUCCUUCCCUCCAAGUGAAUAGUUGGAUAUAUAAUUUUAAAUUUUUUUUAUCUUUUUUAUCUUGAAAUCAUUUCAGACUUAGCAAAAGUUACAAAACAGUGCUGAGAAUGUUCAAGUUUUCUGCACGAAGCUCCUGUAAAUGUUAACUCUUACACAACUACAGUGUGGUUUUGUGAAAGCAGGAAGUUAGAGGCUGGAGAGAUGGCUCAGUGGCUGAGAACCCUGCUUGCUCUGUUCCCAGCACCCACAUGGCAGCGCACAGCUGUCUCUAACGCUGACUCCAGGUGAUCUGGCGCCCUCUGCUGGCCUCCAGCAUUACUGCCUGUAUGUGGUGUGUGUGUGUGCGUGAGUGAUUGCGUGCCUGCGUGCGUGUGCAUGCUUGACUCUGUGUGACGUGUGUUCAGGCAAACACUCAUACACAGGAAAUCUUUUUGAAAAAAUUAGGAAACUAACAAUGUUUACAAACUAUUCUUUAAUCUCAGACCACAUUCAAGUUUUGUCAAUAUUUGCCCCCUCCUGGAUUACUAUCUGGCCCAGGAUCACAGAGAACAUUUAGACACUUUAGCUGUCACUCUGUUGUGCUUCUCUGGUGCUCUGGAAAUCGAAGGCAGGGUCUCACACUUGCUAAGUACAUGCUAUUCCACUGAGUCAGCCCUUUAGCAUUUGUUUUUGUUUUAGCUAAUGUCUCUCUGGAAGCCCAAGAUGGCCUCAAGCUUGAGAUCCUCCCACCUCAGCCUCCCAAAUACUGGGAUUGCAAGACGCACACCACCAAGCCUGCCCCCUGCCGCAUAUACUUACGUGUGUGUGUCAUAGGAGGGAGGUCAGAGGGCAGCUUGCCAGAGUCAGUCCUCUCCCUCCACCUUGUAGGUCCUGGGCUUGAACUCAGGCCACGAGACUUGAUGGCCAACACUUUCGCCCACCGAGCCAUCUUGCUAGACUCCCCUUCUCUCUCUUAAAAGUUUUUCUUUACAGAUUUAAAUUUUUUAUUCUACGUGUACGUUUUGCAUGCUUGUACGUACGAAGCUCCGCAUCUGCGCCUGGUGCUCGAGGAGGCCAGAAGAGGCAUCGGAUUCCCUGAAACUGGAGUGACAGAGGUCACGAGCCACAGUGUGGGUACUGGGAACUGAACCCCAAUUCUGUACAAGAGCAACAAAGCACCCUUCACUGCUGCGCCGUCUCUCAGCCUCCCACUUCAUCUCUAACAGUCGCGCGAGGAGUAGAACAUGCGGCGUUGACGGGGAUGCUGAUAGCUGCACAUCCAGGAUGGCCCCACUGGCCACGGUGGCCACUGAGACUGUGCAGUGGGCGAGGCUGAGGAACUGAAUUUUCUUUUUCUCUUUUUUCCUCAGUUUUUCAAGAGGGUUUCUCUGUGCAGCCCCAACUGUCCCGGAACUCACUUUGUAGACCAGGCUGGCUGGUCUCGAACUCACAGAGAUUCACCUGCCUCUGCCUUCUGAGUGCAGGGACUAAAGGCUUGCAUGCAUCACUGCCACCAAGUCUAUUUUAUCCAGUUUUAACUACUGAAAUAAUAAUAGUGAAUGAUGGUCUUGUUUUUCUUUCUGGCAGUACCGCUGAGGAGAUUGCCCCUGGUUUUGCCUUGUCAUUUGCCACUUCCAUUUCUCCAGUUAGGGGCUGUGACUGAGAUGGGGUUGGGGUGGGGGUUCCUGGUCUCAGGUUGUCUGGAGCCCGGGCCAGACCAAAGGCCAAUAUCCGAAAACUGCAAUGGAGCAGGUUGGUCAUUGUCACCUCCUGCAGCUGUUCUGAGCUUUUCCCGCCACCUCCCCCAAGGUCGCUUUAGCCACUAACCCACUAACCUUCCAUUUCUAGCCUGUUCUUUCUAUAACGUUAGUGGUUUAGUUUUGUUUCUGAGACAGGGUCUCACCGUGAAAACCAUGCUGUCCUGGAACUCUCUGCAGAGACCAGGCUGGCCUCAAACUCACAGAGAUCUUUUUCCUUCUGCCUCCUAGUACUGAGGCUUGGGACACACCCCAGAUUUUUUUUUUUUUCUGGAUAAACAACCGGCUGUCUUCUGGAGAUUUCUAAAAUAAAAUCUGGUUUGUCUGCAUAUGGAGCAGGACAACAGCAGUGGAAAGGGGGCAGCACAAGUCUUGUUAUGGAAAGAACUCCAAGAUCAAUUAAAUGGGAAAAAAUCAAUGUGUAACUGUGCUAUUGUUUGAGAAAUGAAAGUGAACUUUUAAUUGUAAUGUUUGUAUAAAUAAAAGCCAGAUGUAUAAAUAAAA